AUGGCCGCCGUAUUCAGCAUCGACAAGCUCGAGCUACCAUUACAUGUCAUCACGCACAAUGACGACACUCUUGCCUCUCACUCCUCCACAUCGGACACCGACGCAUUCGAAACUGACAUCGAAGCCCGCGACACGUUCGACGAGGUGCCCCGCUGCGUGAUCUGCGGGCGCGGGUCCUCCCUGGUGUACCGCCAUAUAAUACCUCACACCGAGCAGCAUACCUGGGACCUCGCCCGCGCAAUGGGCUACGUCCACCCAAACGCCAAGCGUCUCGUCAAACACGACCCGCGCAACGGGCUCCUAAUGUGCCCCUCAGACUUCGCCGACUUUACCAACUACAUCUUCUUCAUCCGCUACGUGCCCCAACACGAAAAGUUCGUGUACGUGAACCCCGCUCAAGAUAGGAGUCUCGGCCAUCUGCACGGAAAGGCAGUCGCUUUGAGUCCUCACGAUAGACAUGCGGUGUACGCGGCGCUGUUCGAGAUACAUGAGGCUCGUGUGCGCGGGUUGCAUUCGUUUAUGCCUGGGAUUGUGGAUAUCGAUGCUCCUAUCGCGUUUCAGGACUGGAUCGUGGAGGAUGGGUUUGUGUCUGAUUCUGGGGGGUUGCGGCACUGCUCUGGGCGCCCGAUGAUACAAGAAGGAAUACCGACGGCUGGUCAACUCUCGGCAGCUACGACCACAGACGCUAUAGAACCUACCUCUACACCUCAGCAGAACAUGCCCUCGACGGGCGAUGUACCACACUUCAUCACCCUCGGCCCCCACGACGACAUAACACCCAUCCUCGCCGCCCAGCACCGCUCUGAAUCAUGGAAACAAGCCGGGAUCGAGCUCACGGACUGGUCGGGAACGGCCGAGGAGAACAUUCGGAAGUAUAGGGAGCUGGUCGGUUCGAGUUCGAGCGAGGCUGAUGCGUAG